AAUACAGGACGGGUCAGAGAGAUGUCUAAGCGAUAGGACGAACUCGAACUGCUCUUAUCUCCUCUGGUCCGUUGAGCAUUGCAACAUGUGAUUUAUGAUUUGAGAACGUCACAAGCAUCAGUGACGAACUGAGAAGACAGAGCCCUUGCCUGAAGCCCAUCCAAUCACCAAGAAUACCUAAAUCUACCACCCGCAGUUUACAAGGCCGUGAAAAGGAUGUCUCGCAAAGGCGUCGGUCUCGCGGCAUUCGACCGCUCACGGCUCACAUCCGCGCAAUUCGCCUCGCACGGGAACUCGCUCCGCAGCACCAACGCGCAGGCCCUCGAGACGCAACUCGCCGUGUUCCGCUCGCUACUACAGCAAUUUGCGCAGACGCACGCGCGCGACAUAAGAUCGAACCCGUCGUUCCGCGCCCAGUUCGCGCGCAUGUGCGCUGCUAUUGGCGUGGACCCGCUCGCCUCAUCCAACAACAGCGGCAGCGGCAGCGGCGGGGGCAGCAUUUGGGCGCAGCUGCUCGGCCGGAGCGUCAACGACUUCUACUUCGAGCUCGCCGUGCGCGUCGUCGAGGUCUGCGGAGCCACGCGCGGCGAGAAUGGCGGCUUGAUUGGGGUGCGCGAGCUCAGGGACAGGGUCAUGAAGGGGCGGAUGGAGGGCGCGCCUGAGGUCACUGAGGAUGAUGUGCUACGGGCCGUUGCUACGCUGAAGCCCCUCGGCUCUAGCUACUCCGUUAUCAAAGUCGGGAACAAGUCAUAUAUACGUUCGGUGCCCAAGGAGCUUAACACGGACCAAAGCUCGGUCCUCGAAGCUGCCCAGGUUUUGGGCUAUGUUAGCGUCUCCAUGCUCAUGGUAAACCUGCGCUGGACGCGAGCGCGAGCACAGACAGCAGUCGAAGAUCUUCUAGGCGAAGGGAUGCUCUGGGUUGACAAACAGGCCCAAGAAUGGGAGUACUGGAGUCCUGGAUUCAUCAUGGAUUCUUCCGACGGAUCUGGGACAAGCGGAUGAAAGCCGACACGGAAACAAGUCAUACUAAGUUCGCACAGAGAUCAUAUCAUACAGAUCAAGUC